AUGGUUUUCAAAUCCAGAUGGUCAGUAGAGAUACCUAACGCAUCACUACCUACCGUACUCUUUGGAUCACCGACAGCGACGUUAUCAACGACCAAAUGCAGCUUUAUCGAUGCCGCCCGCCCCGAUACUCACUAUUUCACUGCCUAUGACUACCGUCUUUGGUGCCAGCGGUUCGCCGCUGGACUGAGGAAAUCCGGGCUAAAGACAGGCGAUCGCGUUCUCCUAUUCUCCCCAAACGACUUGUUUUUCCCUGUGGUCUUUAUGGGAAUCGUGAUGGCUGGCGGGAUUUUCACCGGUGCAAAUCCUACAUAUACCCCAAGAGAGCUGGCAUACCAGUUAAAGGACAGCAGAGCAAAGUACCUCUUGUGCGCCGACGGAAGUCUAGAUACUGGAAUUGCUGCAGCAAAGUCCAUCGGUAUGGGCCUCGAUAGGGUGUUCCUAUUCAGCAGUGCAGUGUUUGAUGGUGCAGGAAAUGGUGCCCGUGGUUGCCGUUACUGGGGGAACCUCAUCGCUUCCCCUUCUGAAGGAAGGCAGUUUGUCUGGGAGUCAUUAUCAACCCCCGGAGAAUCCAAUCGAACAUUGGCCUUGAAUUAUUCCAGCGGGACAACCGGUGUCCCCAAGGGGGUAGAAAUCACCCAUAAAAACUAUGUGGCCAACCUCCUUCAAUUCAACCAUAACAGCUCCCUCCACCACGACUAUGAGAAUAAGACAGCAAGGUCUAAAUGGCUUUGCUUCUUGCCAUUGUAUCACGCCAUGGGACAAAACAUUUUCAUAGCCUCGGCUCUUCGGCGAGGGAUCCCUGUAUACAUCAUGGCUCGGUUCGAUUUCAUUCAAAUGUUGGAAAAUAUCCAAAGAUUUCGGAUUAACGAGAUACUCACUGUCCCACCCAUCGUGAUUGCGUUAGCAAAGCAUCCCCUAGUAAAGAAAUAUGAUCUCAGUUGUUUGGAGUCAAUUGGGUGCGGAGCCGCUCCAUUAGGAAGAGAAAUCAGUGAGGAAGUCGAGUCCAUGUUUCCUCCCGGGAAGCUUAAUGUCAGGCAAGGCUGGGGUAUGACUGAGACUACCUGUUCUAUUCUUGGCUGGGAUCCAAAUGAACGGGGUACAAGUUCAUCCGUGGGAGAGCUUAAUGCCAACUGUGAGGGGAAGGUGAUGGCCGAGGAUGGUGUGACGGAGCUCGACCGGAACCAAAGAGGGGAAAUUUGGGUCAGAGGGCCCAACGUCAUGAAGGGCUACUGGAACAAGCCGGACGCAACCAGAGAAACUCUAACGGAAGACGGAUGGCUUAAGACUGGGGAUAUCGGUUAUGUGACAGAGCAAGGGAAAUUUUUCAUUGUUGACCGGAAGAAGGAGCUUAUCAAGGUGAGGGGAAACCAGGUAGCCCCUGCAGAGCUAGAAGGGGUACUUCUUGACCAUCCGUCGGUAGCAGAUGCAGCUGUCAUUGGCAUAACCAGGAACGGCGAAGAAUAUCCGCGAGCGUAUAUAACUCUGAAGUUCGGCACAAACGCAACCGCAGAAGAAAUAAUCGAUUAUAUGAAGCAGAACGUUGCUCCCACGAAACGUCUCACUGGCGGAGUAGUGUUUGUCCAGGAGAUCCCUAAGAACCCAUCAGGCAAGAUUCUCAGAAAGGUUCUAAGAGAUAGAGCAGCUCAAGAGGUCCAGGAGGAAUUACCCCAGAUAUUCGCCAAACUUUAG